UCCAUUCUCCACCUUCAACUACAAAUGCUUCCUCGUUUCAUCUCAAUAUCUCAGCUUCGUCCUCUCUCUCUCUCUCUCUCUCUCUCUCUCUGACUCAGCCAUGUCAACACUCAAUGAUCUUCAUCUUCAAGAGCACAUAUGCUACGUGAAAUGUGGAUUCUGCACCACCAUCUUACUGGUCAGUGUCCCAUGCAGUAGCUUAUCAAUGGAGGUGACUGUGAGGUGUGGAAACUGCACAACCCUCCUCUCUGUUAGUAUGAUGAAAGCUUCUUUUGUCCCUUUUCAACUCUUCCCCUCUCUUACUUGUCUGGAUCAGCCCAAAGAGGGUCGCCCAGAAGAAAAUAUUGCAGACAAGAGUACUUGCUCUGAUAGUGGGGAAGAUGAUGCAAUUCCAAUGAGUUAUUAUGCCAUUAAUGAACGCCCAGGGAAAAGACAAAAAACACCUUCAGCUUAUAAUCGCUUCAUCAGAGAAGAGAUCAGAAGGCUGAAGAUUGAAAAUCCUGACAUGGUCCAUAAGGAAGCUUUUAGAACUGCAGCAAAAAAUUGGGCCAAUUUCCCUCAAGCUCAAUCUGAAGGAGAUGAAGGGAGUAGCCAAUCAGGGCAGGUUGAGAAUACAGACUCAACAUGUGGACCCACAUGAAGAUGAUUGAGGAGAAACAGUGAAACUAUAUGGUAUUUCUGGUAUAGUACUUUUAUGCUGCUGUAAUUGGUGGAAGACUUCAUGUGUGAAACUUUUAUGUGAAUGAAGGAGGUUAAGGCCUACGUGGAAGUACCAACAAGGAGUUACGUCUUGGCGAGGACAACUUUUGAAUGAUGAAACCUCAAUAUGACAAAAACUUACUAUUUCUAUCUUACCUUAGAGGUUGUCUGUCUCUGAAUCAUUUGUCUUCUGAGAAUGGAAAUCUAAAUAGAAAGUUAGAAACAAGUGGGUAUUAUUAUCAUGACUCAUGAGAGAUUGCCUGUCAGAGAGGGUCCAUUACCAAUAAUUGAUUAUUAUUUUUUUUAA